UGUGUCGGUGUGACGGCGGUGCGCGAAAAGGCGAUCGAAAGCACGUUAUGACGUCGCGCGUGCCGAUUCUUGUGAUUUUGGGGGCAACGGGUACCGGAAAAUCGAAACUGGCCAUUCAACUCGCUCAGAAAUACUGCGGCGAAAUUAUUUCCGCUGACAGCAUGCAGGUUUACAAAGGGUUGGACGUGAUUACAGCGAAGGUAACCAAAGAGGAGCAAGCUAUGGCACAGCACCAUAUGCUCGACAUCGUAGAUCCCUUGUCGACAUUCACGGUCGUUGAUUUCAGGAACAGAGCAUUGCCUGUUAUAGACAAGCUCCUGAGUGUCCAAAAGCUGCCAAUAGUCGUCGGUGGGACGAAUUACUACAUAGAAUCUCUGCUAUGGCAGGUGCUCAUCGAGGAUCCAAAGGAUACGGCGGUCCACGAGCCGUCUUCUUCGUUAGUUUUCGAUCGCGACGGUGGUUGCGUGAAUAUACGAGGUAGUGAAGUUGUAGAAUCAGAUCGUGCGUCGAGUGUUGCCUUAGUUGACGAAAAUCGUAGUGCAGUGGGUGAAAAUCCAGUGAGUGAUGUGUGUGAAAGUGAAAUACAGGAAUACGAAAGUGCCGAAAUCGACGCCCCGGCUUCAAAGAAGAUCAAAUUUGACGAUGCCAUCAGCACCGACGAGCUGCACCGGAAGCUCAGAGAAGUUGACGCACCAAUGGCUGACAGAUUGCAUCCGAAUGACCGCAGAAAAAUUAUAAGAUCGCUGCAGGUCUUUGAUCAGUUUGGUACGAAACAUUCAGAAAUUUUGAGGGAGCAGCAACUUGCCGGGGGUUCCGGCCUUGGGGGUCCGCUACGCUAUGACAAUUCCAUCAUUCUAUGGUUGCAAUGCGACCAGGCGGUGUUGGACGAAAGACUCGACCACAGAGUAGAUUCGAUGCUUGAGGCAGGAUUAGUCCAGGAACUACUGGAUUUCCACCGCAGAUAUAACGAAGGGAGGAUUAAGGAAAAUGCGCUACCCGAUUACACGAAAGGGAUCUUUCAGAGCAUCGGUUUCAAGGAAUUUCAUGACUACUUGAUUCUACCCGAGGAUCAGAGAUGCUCCAGUACGGGUGAAAAACUGCUGAAACUGGGUAUUGAGAAUUUAAAACUACGCACAAGGCGAUAUGCCAGGAGGCAGCAGCGGUGGGUGACGAAUCGAUUCAUACGCCGAUUCGACAGGCAGGUGCCCCCAGUGUAUGCCUUGGACUGCACGGACAUAACUCAGUGGGAUCAGAAAGUUCUGGGUCCUGCGAUGUCCAUAAUAACCGACAGACUUGAGGGUCAAACGCCCAGUCAUAAAUCCCUGAACGACAAUAAGACUGAAAAUCCUGCGGUACCUGACAGCAGCUUCGAGCGAAGUCACUAUUGCGAGACGUGCGAGAGAGUUUUCGUCGGCGACUUUCAAUGGAAGGCCCAUAUGGAAGGUAAGAAGCAUCAGAGAGUGGCGAAACGAAAGAAGAUGAACCAAUUGAUGCAGGAUACAAAGUAGCUAAAAGGAAUCGUACGUGAAGUACAUACAGAGUAAAAGUGAUGAUUGGUACUCAAACUUCAGUUUUGCGAAACCCUUAACCAGCCGCAUCAAUUCUAUGCUCAGGGUUGAUUUUAGAAAAAUCUCAGACUAAGCGAACAAAGUUGAGGAAAACAAAAAUUCUUCUAUUUUGUAAUAUAAUUAUGCUU